CUCAUCGGUGCGCGCCACUGCGCGCCACGGCGCACCACUUCGCGACACAGCUCAUCAGCAAGGAGCUCACCAGCAAGCGGGCAAGACCCGCUUGCCAGCUCAGAGCUCGGCUCAUCGGGGGAGCUCGCAGGGGGAGCUCAGCUCACCAGCAAGCGGGCAAGACCCGCUUGCCAGCUCAACUCAGCUCAUCAAGGGAGAUCAUCAGCUUGCCAGCUCAACUCAUCCCUGCAGGAGAUCGGCCGCCGCCGACGCAGAGGAGGUCCCUGCCGGCCGCCAGAAUGGCGAGACUCGCUGUUUAGCGACGGGGCUACACGGUGCGAGUCGGCACCAUCAAAAGUAGCAUCGCAAGGAACGUCUAUCGCCAGCGCCCGAUAGCGCAACCGGUGGUCAACACUCAGUGACACGACCGUGCCAGCGACCAGCAGACGAGCGCCAUCUACCGAUCGUACAACCGUGCCCGCUAAGAGCGGAACGUGGUCAAGCCGCCAAGCCGACAGCACCACCGCACACGCUACGAGCGAGCUGUGUGCACCAUCUACCGACGGGCCAUCGCAACUACAACAGCGUGUCGGCUCGCCAACCUACGUCAGCCGAACCGAAUCAACCACGGUGACAGAAGAAUCGACUGAUACAUCUGCACUGCCAAUGACGCUCCCAAAAUGAGUCUAAGGAAACGUCUGCUGAGCUGCAUCGAGUCUCAUGAUUCAAGCAAGGUGCCAAGAAUGGAGGGGCAUCCCAAUGUAGCAGCGUACUACACAGCAGCAGCAGGCUGCUACCCGGCCAUUUCUCAGCUUUUGAACCACAACAUUUCUGCCACGAUAUCACCGGUGCUCACGACCUCCACCAUCAGUCACGCGCCAAACAACUUCAUCGAGAGAAGAUCCACUCAGCUGGUGGGCACACAGCACAACGCCUACCCGGUGUAUGUGCACUGCCAAAAGGAAGCUCUUUCCUUAAAACACAAGCAAGACUCUUCUCAAUUCCCGCUCGCAUUUGGCUUUGCUGACCAGUGCAAUCAGAGCUCUGUUGGCUUGGACACUGGUCAGGUUUGUGGCGUCUUUCCCAGUUGCUCGAUAGCGAGUAAGGAGACCACCGUGCCCCUGGUCACGACCUGUAGCGGCGGCGUGCUGCUGGCAACCCAGGCCCCCCUUCAGAGCGGUUUUGGCAAGACCACAGCGACCUUCACUGACCCUGCGAGAAUGUUUCAGAAUUUUCAAAAUGUAGACUUCCCCAAGAUGUUUUCCAUGCAUCCCUCCUCUGUGGCCAACUUGGCACCUCACAUGGUGUUGGGUUCUGUUAAAAACACAGUCGUAAAUUUGCCACCAAUACAGUCGACAUCGUUUUCAAGAAAAUAUCCCAUGCAUUACCCAUAUCAGAAUUCCCCCGCUUUCAGUAACUCCUUGCCUAAUACGCAAGAAGAUACGAGGGCCUUAUAUUUAGACAAAAGCAGACCGUACGACCAUCACACGAACAUGGGUAGUUCUUUGGCAUGCAGCCCUGCUCUUUCCUCAUCACAGCAGGACUACCGAGAGAAACACAUUUCCGCCAGACCAUUGGAAAAGCCACCCAAGCUUGUACAUGUUCAAUAUUCCGACAGGUCCCCUGAAGUGUCAAACUCUGUAAUAAAGCAGAGAAGCGUGCGUCAUCAAAGCAGGGUUCACUCUGUGAAUUCUUUGUUGGCUUGUUCAAGAGAGAAACACCUCAAGGGUGAAGUGCUUCCGAAAGUGGAGGCUGACCAUGCCCAUUGGCCUCCAAGGUCAUCAACAGUUCAGUCCCAAGCAAUCGUCAGAAACAGAGAUCCAAACGUGCCGAAGAAAACGUCUCCGAGCUCUUUUUCCGAACAGCAACAACCGCACACGCAGUCCUUCUGCCAGUCGACACGCGACGCGCCGGAGCAGCUUCUGAUCCAUCCCAUGAACAACUCUCCCACGACAGCUGUUCCCAGGACCGUCUGUCAAGAUGCCUCGUUGCCACGCAUAAAGUGGGCAUGGAGCGACAGCGCAGUGUCAAACUGCGGCCCUUACGCAAACUUGCCGGUCAUCAGCCGAGUCUACAGUUGGGGAGCCGUUCAGAACACUGAGAGCCAUGUCGAGGAAAAACAGGUCGAUGGAAACAAACUUUCUCAUGCCCACCCAACGAAGGAGCAUCCAAACAUAAUGUUCGGUCACGUCUUGCAGCAACCGCAAAGCGGCACACGGCCGGGCGUUAAGGAUAUCGUUCAAGGUUCCGUGAGGUCAACCAAGCAUGCUUCUACCUCUUCGACAGGGCCAGUCAUUCGUGAUGUCUUCAGUCUCUCACCAGAGUUGGUGAGUCCUGUGACGACAGACGCGCGAUCGACCAGCAAUCGUUUGUUCACUUCGUGCGGUGAAAAUGAAGCCAAAACGAGAGACAGGCACAGGGAGGAUCAAGAGCAGAGGGCGCGUUCAAAGCAUCAAGAAGAGCACAGGAAAGCAAAAAGUCAACAAACAGACAAGUGUGGUGCACAGCAGAAGGUCUCUUCAAUCUUAGAGUUUGAAAAAACUGUGAAGAAGAUGACCGAGCAAAUCACUUCACCUGAAAUACAAACCACAGCUCUGAACUCAAAAAAGAGCCAAGCCAGCGAUGUGGCUGUGAAGAAACCCGAGAGAGACCAGAGUGAGUCGAUGCGAUCGGACGGCUCGCCUUUGAGUAAAACUCUGAACAGGAUUAUGUCCUCGUUUGUCACGGAAUCUACCGCAGAGCGCACUUCCUGUCAAAUGCCUUGUGCACUGAACUCUUUGCCUCCGAAGAGGCGAAAAGAGUGGAUUAUAAAUACUCAUGCUGCCUGCAUGGAAAAGGAUUACGGCAACGUGCAGCAUCCUGUUCAGCAAGAGGCAUAUCAAAAGAAUGAAAAACAUUCAUUCGGAAAUGGGAAAAGCCCCGUAAACAAUCCACCCACCACGUUAUCUUUACAUUCAUUAAAACAAGAAGUGUCCCCGCCAGGGCACCUAACAUCGCCAACGUCGAUGUCUGCUGGACCUGUUGCCAAGAAAGAAAUGACAGUGUCAAGAACGGUUGGUUUAAAAGAAUACGCAAAUGUUGAGCUGGUAAUCCCACCCAUUAACGAGUCCGUGAAAUAUUCUGCGAAACACGAAUCUUGCAAAAAACAUUUCAGUGAUAAACAACUUUUCCAGCCUCCGUACAAACAUCUGGGUCAGAGUGCAAAACUAGCAGGAGCAGAAGUUGCAACCUCCUCGGUAUCUAUGCUUCUGCAAAGCAAAAAAGAGGAACCAGGCAUAGCCAAUGUAAGUGUCCGGAAAAACUCUGUCAUAGACCACUGCGUAGUGGAGAAGAUGGAUCAUAACAACAGCAGUUUGCACACGCAUGUUCCCCACUUUCAGACUGUACUUGUCAGCAACUUAGACCAUCAGCUCUGUGGACAGAAUACUGAGCAAAAUGAGUUGCCCGUUGACCUUACAGUGGAGAAGAUCGGAAAGCGUGAGAUCUUGGACCUAAGCAAGUUAAAAAGCUGUAAAGAGUACGUGCUGCGGUCUUCAGAAAAGGAACUAGAUUAUGAAUGUGCUGAGAAGACUGAAAAAGAAUGUAUGAGAGAUAAUGUGCCUGAGCAAAGUAGCGGCGAUGUACAUUUGGAAGAUGUUGUGCCAAGAACAUGUCCACAGAAAGAAGGACCUCGUACAGCCUUAGAAAAGAGAAGUGAUAAAGUGUUGCCAAAUGAACUUGAAUGUUCGGAAAGUGCCCUAUCAAUAAAAAGCAAAGCUUCGGUAAACAUCGAACGUUGCAGCCCAGAUAGCAGCACCAAUGUAGACAUGGUAUCUGCGUACAACCAAGCAGGCGGUGGUAACAGUCAAUUGAGUGUGGACUCGAAACCAGAAGGCCACCUGCACAAACAUCUGCUAAACUUACAUCAGCUUCUGAGCGAAAUGGUCGAAAAGUCAGCGGCCAGCAGUAGCCACAAUCUUCAGCAGGCGUUUCAACAUUUAAGGCACGGCCCAAAGCGGGGGCCAACAGUUUCUCACGUGUCGGAGAGCAAACCCACCGGGGAGGCGUCGUACGUCACAAAGCACGGAGGAGGUGGCGGCACAAAGCGGGGAUCAAACUCGCAUUCCGUGGCGCAGACGAGCAGCCGGUCCGCAGAAAUCCACGAGCACGCGUCCAGCACCACAAAAGAAAUGUUCCUCAAAAACAUCUCGAUUCAAACCCGCCUCGAAGAAUUUGCACGCGAACUGCAGACUCUGGUCUCUAAGAGCCUUUGCCCAUUCCCCUCCGUGGCUCGAUUGGAGAGGAUUUUCAUUCCGGUCUCGGCCCUGCAAGAGAAACUCUUUCCCGGCCUUUCUGAGCUUGUCAUCCUCAACGUCUUUAAGUGCUGCAAGGUGGUCCUCAGACCGGCAACCCUAAGGGAAGAAAAAAUGCUUGGGGCAGUGUGUUGUUCAGAGAAUACGCAGGAAACGGGCUCAUUCACUCUCUUCCCGUUUGACAAGCUGAAGGAAGUCUACCCAGAGCUCCUGUACUGUUGCUGGCUGGAGAAAAUGAAGAAAUGUAUUGAUCAAAACAAUGAAGCAACGGAGAUGGAAAAGAACCCUGUUGAUUCGACAGGAAACGGAGAGGGAGAGCACGCAGCAGAGGUGACAAUUGAGUUGUGUGAGAGAGUCUGCUCCUCGCAGGACUCUCACCAGGCAGCUCGUGGUGCCACCUCCAAGGCACAGUGCCUGGUGGAAAAUCCCCAACCGUCACCGGCGGGCGCGGAAGAGGAGCCCUCCGUUGGCGAAGCCGUGGGUGCUGACAUCACCGAGUCGGCCGUUGUGACGAACGAUUCUCAUCCGUGCGAGCAGACGGGCCCUCCUGACGACAACGCAGAACGCUCAAGAGGAGCGGCAGUGGACAGCGCUCGGAGUGGAAGUGACGCCAAUCUAGAAUGCACGUCGUUGAUCGCCCCUUCUCCCCGAGAGGAUCCGCAUUCCACCACGACCGACGUGUCGUCCGACUCUGCAGCCACCUAUCCGGUUAUUUCAUCGUCCGACGUAAAGGAUGCUGCAAACGUAUUAUUGGCGUCGCCUCCGAGAUACCAGCCUGAGGAUCCCGGCACGAUCCAGCACUCUGCUGAUGACGCGCAUUGCUCCAUAACUUUAGAAUCCGAAAAUACAAUUGAAGAGAAUAACAAACCGCUUGAAGUUAAAAGGUCUAAAUACGCACAUGGUGUCAAACAACGAGUUCACAAAAGGUAUAGUCCAAGGUUGCUAAAAGAGUCGGUUGGAACUGAUAAACACCAACAGGCAUCGGACACAUAUUUGAGCAAAAAAGAGGUAUGCAAGUUGGAGGAAAAAGUGAGUAAGAAACGUGUCCCACUGCUGAAACUGAAAGGGGACAUGACAAGUUCCAUUGUGAUGGCAAAACCUGAGGACGAGAGUCAGGCUUCAAAAGUAAAGUUGGCGACCACUGAACACACCUUGGGUCACCCAGUGAUGAAGAGGAAAACAGUGCCACCUUUAAUAAUACGAAGCCAUCAUCAGGCGCACGAAGUUCGGACUCGGCUCAAGAGCCCAUUGAGGAUUGCACGAAAGGAAAAAACAUUUUCCACGAGUGGCGGUCAAGUCGAGAACGAGGCUGUAGAUAAACAAGAGCGAGAGUUUGAAGCGUUGGAGGUUGUCCGUAACACUGAGGUGCCAUUUGAAGAAACCGCUUUUGACGAUGUAAAUCCUGCCAUAGGUUCAGAAAACAAGGACCAAAAGCACGUACGUGACCCUUUGACAGAAGAGGCAUCCCCUGGAUGUGGCCAGGUGAAACGGCCAAGACUUAAACACCUGAGGGCAAGUGCCCAGGUGGCUGAGAAAAAGCUAAAAAAACAGAUGCCAACGUUACGAAGGUCUCUGAGGCAGAAGACGUCCGGAAUUCAACUAAGGUCGCAGAGAGGCGCGAGUUCUGAACGACGGCUCGUCCAGGUGGUGCCUGGGAAGAAAACCAGAUGCAAGCGCAAAAGCGGCCGGAGCGAGACUUCCCCGAAAUUGUCGCGCGGCAGACAACGGGCGGACGGAAACGCGGACGGAGGCAGACGAGAGGAGCCCCCGAGUGAAAAGAAGACGGGCGGAGACUUGUACCCAGACCUGGUGGGGAGGCGUGUGCUGCAUCUGUACGAUGACGAGGACACGGAGAGGUGGUACCAGGGAGUGGUGACGCAGCUGUACGAGGAGCACGACGAUCCCCUGGAGGCCAUCUACGUCGUCACGUACGACAGCGAGCCUGGGUGGCAGUAUUAUCUGGAGCUCCUGCAAGACUACCAGAAAGGCUGGCUGAAGCUUGUCGACUAGGGAUCGAGUGCUGUCCAUGAUACUUGUGCCCGGUUAAAUGUAACAUAUGCAUUGAGUCAACAAUGAGACUGUUGGUUUGCUAACAUUAGAUACUUUUAAAUUAAAGAUAUGCUGUUUACCAUUUUGUUUAGGUUACAUUUAAAUACGUAGUUUAUUUUUUUGUAUUAGGUGCUUAAAUAAAAAGGCACGUGUCUGUUCCAUACGCGGCGAUGUAAACAACAACGGUGGCGUUUUAUUGUUGACGUGACGUUGCGGAUGAGAAUGUUUUUGUUUUCGUUUUUGGGUUUUUUUUAAACAAAAUUUGUAACUUCAUUAAAAUAUUAAUAUUGUUAUAAUGUUCAUGAACAAUAUUUUCAGGCAGUUUUAUUAUCCGUAUUUGGUGGUCACAACUGCUAUUAAGACAAUCUGUUCUGUAUGAAUAAAAACAUAUAUGGACAUAGUGGAUGUGGAUGUCAAUAAAUAUAUAUCCUGUAAACA